CGGUUGUUAGGUCUUCCGGUGAAUUUUAGCAGUUCAUUUCCUAACGCUGUAUUGCUUCUCUUUAGGUUGUGAUUAAGACGCGUAGAAAAUUCAAAUGGCAUUUCUAUGCAUUUUCAUGGAAAGUUAAAGUAUGCAGACCGUAACAGUAUUUUAGACCUGGAUUGAGUGCAGAGGCGGGUGUGGGGAUCGGACACUGCUGCGGAGUUUCAAACUUUCAGGUCGUUUUCGGCCUGGCUCUUCUGAUUAGCUCGAGGAAAAGAAGAGGGUUAGGGAUUUCGGGAGUAACGCCUAACGUCUUUCUUCAAUUAUAGUUGUCUAAUCUUUUAUUCAUAUACUACAAUGGCGUCGUUGUCUUUAACACAUCUGAAAGAAUUAAUGCGUUCCAUGGUGGACGGCCCUGGUUUUGAUCGGGUUUUAAGUAAGGUUAACAUCGUAUCAGCAAGUCCAGGUAAAGUGGUUUGUGAAAUGAAGGUGGAGGAAGAACAUACGAAUCGUUUGGGCACGCUACACGGUGGGAUGACAGCCACUUUGGUAGAUGUAAUUUCCACAUCCGCAUUCAUGUACACUGAGCGGGGCCUUCCUGGUGUCAGCGUUGACAUGAACAUCACGUACAUGAAUGCAGCCAAGGUAGGGGAUGAUGUGUUAAUUACUGCCCAGAUAUUGAAGCAAGGUCGGACACUGGGAUUUACCACUGUUGAUCUUACCAGCAAGGCAACUGGAAAACUGAUUGCACAAGGAAGACACACAAAGUACUUGGGUGGUUAAAUCUGGGCUUAAUGUUUGAGCAUAAUUUGUAUAAACUGUAACACGUGUCCAAAUAAAUCCUAUUGGUUGGAAAUAUUUGACAAAGUUUGUACUGGCAUAUUUUUAAACAACUACACGCACCAUUAUUGUACUAUCCCUUAUUGAUUUUUUUUUUGCCAGUAAAGCCAGUUUACAUGUGUCUGUUUCUAAUUUUUUAAAAUACAGAUAGGAUUUCCUUCAAUACCUAUUACUACUAGUCUCUGUGUAAUAACAUUGAACAAAACUCCUUACUCUCCUUUACUUCAAUGAAUGUACAAAAAUUCACCAAUUUUCUCUGAAACCAUGUUGGGUUAGUUAUCAAAAUACAGUCAGUAAAACAUGA